AUGCCGGUUAUACGUAUUGAUGAUAGCAACAGCGACUUGUCUGACAUGGCCCGAAACUUUGGUCUUCUAUAUCGCGAAUUGUGGAAAAGCAAUGGGGUCGAGAAGCGGAAUGUCUUCCUUCAGCAGUCUGUUUCAGUUCGAGUAGAUUUGUGGGACAUGAUGGAGUCGAGAGGUAGUGUGGAAAGUGACAACAACUCUGUCUCCGAUAUCCCUGGCAGUACCUUUGACUACACUCUUCUUGACCUAUCGUGGCUACCUAGGCCUAUCGCAGGCAGUGCACAGAAGAUACUCAUUCGACAGGAGUAUUUGGAGGCGAUGGCAGCCUUCCACGAAGAUGAAGAUCCUGUCCUGUUGACUGGUCAGCCUGGCAUUGGAAAGACUCUGUUCCUAGUGUAUGCUCUGGUCAAACGGCUCACUGAAGGUCAACCAACGAUUUUCUCGACCGCUCCCCUCAAGUAUUAUUUGUUUCAAAACUCCGGUGCCUACCGAUUUACAAGUGCCGACAUGGAUGGCUCAACAUUACGUUCGGCGAUCCUCGAUCUACACAAUGGAGUUGUUCCCGGAGGGAAUUUCACAGAGGAGGAUGCAGGAUGGAUUCUGUAUGACUCGAAUGCUGCACAAGGGCCACUGAUCUGGGACAGCGAGGACUUCCUGCCGUGGAAGAUGGUGUUUUCCACCUUGCCGAAAUUGUCCAGAUACAAGGAAUGGGUCAAACAGAAAAAUGCUGUGAUGUAUGUGAUGAAACCCUGGUCCUGGUCUGAGAUAUGCGCUGGAGCGCCACUACAGACCUCCGGAUCUCGUACUACUAAGGAACUUUGGGACGCCUAUCAUCGAUUUGGUCCUUCCGCACGCAUCGUAUACAAAUCAGACCACGUGGAGCACCGAAACGAUAUUUGUUUUGCAUUGCGAAACUGUCGAGACCCUUCGAUACUGUUCCCCCAAAAUGAGGCCGCUUGGGAUGAAUCCAGCAAUGUAUUGGUGGUUGUGGAGCCGGCAACCAUAGAUGGGGUUGUCCACAGAAACAUGUUGACCGGAAAGAUCGCCACUCCAUACAUCAUGAACAUGGUUCACGAGGAGGCGGAGCAUCUGCUGGGAUUAGCCAUGCGGCGAACUUACCAACAUCUCUUGGCAGAUAAUAUCUCCCGAGGAGCGGCGGGAAUCGUAUUCGAAGAUAUGGCCCAUCACCUCCUCGGCGGUACUGCAUCGUGCACUCGCUCCCUCAGAACUCUCCCACGAGGUGGUACUCGUUCCACUACCAAACGGAAGGACCUGACGAUGAAUUCCAGCGUGAUCUUCGAUAGUAUCGCCCAGAUAUCCGGCAAUGUGAGGCAGCGUACGUAUUACCGUCCGCUGCCGCACUUCGCCGGUAUCGAUUCUUUCGCAUUGAUUGACGGGACACUGGUCCUGUUCCAGUUCACUAUCACUGCAGAUCAUCCAGUCAAAGUCAAAGGACUCGAAAGCAUUCAGACUCUUUUUGCUGAGCAGCCGAUUGAACGCGAAUGGAUGUUGAUUUUCGUGGUCCCUACAGCCAUCGAACCUGACUUUAAACGUCAACUACUGCAGCCGGACUCAUCUCGAAGAGAGUGGGAUCAAAACGUGGACCAAUGUGUGAUGGGAUUGACUCUUGAAGAGCUGUUUCCAACUGACAUUCAUGCUACAAAGACAAGAAGGGCAAAGGAUUGCAACGAGCUUCGAAGAAGAGGGAGAGGUCUGAGGAUGCGGACGUGGAUGCGGCUGAGCAGCCUCCUCCAAGCGGAAAGAAACUGGAGAGGACGCCGGCGACACAUUUGCAGACACAUCUGCAAACUCUGGAGGGGACUCGUAAGCUUCCCAAACGUUCUGGGAGGAAGAAUGAAACCGUCGAGAUCCUGGAGGCAGCACCGGACACACACGAAGGUCCAUCGACCGGACGUCGGAAAGGGAUGUCCCGCAAAUAGGUCGAACGCUGGCUACAAAUGCGUCGCUUGUGCCGCUAUUAGCCGUCUCCUGCUGAAAAUAGAAGAAAAAAAAAACAGAAAAAACAGCACUGUUUGUUUUGUGGCAGAAGGAAGCUACAACGCGGCGCUCGUUCGAGGAUGA